UCCGCUCAGCGUGGUUGGUUGACGAUGGACGAACCUGUUACAAGAGAGUUUGAGCUGUGCCUGUCAGACGGUGGGUCGGACGACGACAUGCCCCUGAGUCUGCCCACGGACAGCAGCCACAGUGGGAGCAUCCGAAAGGGGUGCGACCCUUUUGCUCAGACUCAGCGAAGCAAGCUGCAGCAUCGGCGGGCUCGCAUCAACCAGCAGAUCAACAAGGAGAUGCGAAUGAGAGCUGGAGCUGAGAAUCUGUUCAGGGCAACAACCAACAACAAGGUGAAGGAAACGGUGGCUCUGGAGCUCAGCUUCGUCAACUCCAACCUGCAGCUGCUGAAAGAAGAGCUGGAGGAGCUGAACAGCAACAUGGAGGUCUAUCAGAUGGACAGCGAAGCCAUCAAUGUUCCCAUGAUCCCGCUGGGUCUAAAAGAAACCAAAGAGGUGGACUUCACUGUUCCCAUCCAGGAUUUCAUCUGUGAGCACUACGGCGAGGACAGCUCACUCUAUGACAAGGAAAUCAAAGAGCUCAUGGAGCUCCGACAGGCCAUGCGCACACCCAGCCGUAACCAGGCUGGCCUGGAGCUGCUGAUGGAGUACUACAACCAGCUCUAUUAUCUGGACCAGCGCUUCUUCUCUGCUCACAAGAACCUCGGUCGGGCGCUGGCCUUCGAGAAGGGCAGUGUGCUGUUCAACAUCGGAGCCCUCUACACGCAGAUCGGAGCACGGCAGGACCGCUCGGCCACGGCCGGCAUCGACACCGCCAUCGACGCCUUCCAGCGGGCCGCAGGUCACUCCACACGCCUGUCACCGCUUGAGAAGUUUGUCCGUGUGGCGCUUAACCCUCUCCCUCUGUCUGCAGGUGCCUUCAAUUACCUAAAGGAGAACUUUUCCAACGCUCCCAGCCUGGACAUGAGCGUCCCGUCUCUCAGCAUGCUGGUCCGGCUGAUGCUGGCUCAGGUCCAGGAGUGCGUGUUUGAGCGCAUCACGCUCUUCACGCAGGGCUCGCUCUUCACCUCUCAGCUGGGCCUGGCGCAGGAAGCUGCACGGGUCAGUCAGCAGGUCCGUAACGCGGCCCGUUUGUGCGGGUCACCCCGCUCUAACGGCAGCUGUGCGCCCCCACAGGUGUCGGACGUUUACCUGCUGGUGCUGCAGACCAUGACGCAGCCUGUGAUGAAAGACUAUGUGCCGUUUUCAUGGGCGUCCAUGGUUCAGGUCAAGUCUGAACACUUCCGGGCGCUGUCGCACUACUACGCCUCCGCUGCGCUCUGUGACCACACGUUCCCUGCUGAGGGGGAGGGCUGCGAAGAAGCAGAGAAAGCUUUCCUGAAGUUCUAUAUCAGCGUUCCAGCCGGACAACCUCUCAGCCAAAUCCUACAAGACCCCGAAAAAAGACGAAAGCUUGGUAAAGCCCACCUACGGCGAGCCGUGAUCAGGCACGAGGAGGCCAUGCGUGUGCACGGUUUGUGUAAGAUCCUUAGGAAGAUGGACAUCCUGCAGGACGUGCUGUCCCUCACACACAAGCGCUCCCUGGAGAAGUACUCCGAGCUGGAUCGGGAGGACGACUUUGACGAGACCGCCGAGGCUCCCGAGAUCCAGUCUCACACCCAGCAGAAACCAGACAUCACCCCACCAAACUUCUCCACUGUCCACGGGCCUCUUUCGGUGUUCUGUGCCAGGGCUCGCUGGGGCCCGGUUCGUGUCAUCAGCCUGCAGAAGAGAGAGGGUGGACUGGGUCUCACGCUCAGAGGAGACUCCCCAGUGCUGGUGGCUGGAGUGGUGCCUGGAGGCUGUGCAGAGGAGGCGGGGCUGAGGGAGGGAGACUACAUAGUGGCUGUAGAUGGACAGGACUGUAAGUGGUCCAAACACGGCGAGGUGGUCCACAUGCUGAAGAGCGGUGGAGACAGAGGGGUGGAGCUCAGCGUGGUCACGCUCCACUCACAGGACACUCAGAUGGAGAGGAAGGCCAUCAUGCUGUCAAAUGGCGGCGAUAAAGAGAACGCCAGGCAGCGCCUGCUGGGCGCAGCUAAGGGGCAGAGCUCCGCCUCCUUAUUGAACUGGAACAGGAAGAAAAAAAGGGAAGGAGGCAAGAAUCUGGGAAGCACUUUCAGUUUGUCGUUCGGAAGCAUCCGAGACUCCGAGGCCAUGUACUGAGGUGGCCUGUAGAGGAAAGCACUCAGGGAUUCAUCACACCACCUCAGGAGAGGGGGGGGGGGGGCAGAGGCUGGUCAGAAGAUGCAGUGAGGAGGCGGCAGCUUCAGGUAAAGAUCCCCUUUGACUUCUGAACAGACUAAACUGGAAGCGCAAAUAUCAGAGAUGGGCUCUGAAGCAUUUGGAGAACUAUCAGGAGGGGUCAGCCAUUCUGA